AUGCUCAGGCGCCUGCCCUGCCGGGUCGCCGGCGGCCUGGGCCACGGCGUCCGAAGCAUGACCGCUGCACCCUCACUGGAAGCAGCUCACCGUGACAUAUCGGAGAAGGGUUACACCGUCUCGCGCCUGGGAGCAGCCGCAAGCGUCCGAGACAUGGAGAAGGUUGCUUUGCAGCUGAUGCAUGUGGAUCCCAGCACCGUGGGAAGUGCCAUGGCUACCGAAUCCGUUCCCAAGUCCCUUCGGCCCUUCUCGCUUUCGUUUCUCUGGCACAUCUGUCACUGA